CGGCGCUCCGCUCUGGGCUCUGCCGCCGCCAGCGCCGCCACUCCCGGAGCGGCGGCUGCUCAGGGGCGGGGUUCCGGCUGCCGGCGGCGGAGGAGACGGCGGCGAGGCGAGGUGUGGGAGCAGCCCGGUUCCCGCGGUCCCGGGAUGGCUGCCGGGCUGCCUCCCGAUGCGCUGGGUCGGCGGGUCGCCUGUGGCACUGACUACGGGACUGUGCGCUACGUGGGCAGCGUGUCUCGGACUGCAGGAAUUUGGCUGGGCGUGGAAUGGGAUGAUCCUCAGAGGGGAAAGCAUGAUGGCAGCUAUGAAGGAACACAGUAUUUUAAGUGCAGGCAUCCUAAAGGAGGAUCGUUCAUCCGGCCAAACAAGGCAAAUUUUGGAGUAGAUUUUCUUACUGCAGUAAAGGAUCGGUAUGGAUUGAAUGACAAGCAGGAUGUUCAGUGUGGGACAGAGAGUACAGUAGUAUUUGGAACAAAGACUGUGGAAUUUGUUGGCAUGGAUUCUGUUGCAGAACAGCAAAGACAACUGAACAAACUGGUGGAUAUCUCAGUGCGUGAGUGUGCAGUGAGCCAUGCUGGUCAGGAAGAGGAAAUCAGCAGAACGUGUGCCAAUAUGAGGCAUAUAAACCUAUCAAAAAAUCUGAUAUUAUCUUGGGAGACUGUAGUAGCUAUUGCUUCUCAAGUUCGAAAUCUGGAAACACUUAAUGUCAGUGAAAACAAAAUGAGAUUUCCAUCUACAUCAACUUUUACAUCCAGUGCAUUUUCAAACUUGAAGAUUCUGGCUCUUAAUCAAACUGAAAUAACAUGGACAGAGGUUCUUCUUUGUGCUCAAGGAUGGCCAGUACUUGAAGAGUUGUACCUUUCUUCUAAUAAUAUUACAGUUUUGGAAAGGCCUGAUAAUGUCCUGCAGACCCUGAAGUUGUUAGACCUUUCAGACAACCAGAUACUGGAUGGAAAUCAGCUGCAUCUCAUAGCACAGCUCCCCAGAUUAGAACAGCUAAUACUUAGAAACACUGGGAUAUCUUCUAUACACUUUCCUGAUGCUGGAUUUGGAUGCAAAACUAAAAUGUUUCCUUCGCUAAGACGCCUUGCAAUAAAUGACAAUAAAAUAUCACAGUGGUCAUCUAUCAAUGAGCUUGAUAAACUGCCAAGUUUGAGGGCACUGCAGUGUAACAAUAACCCCUUCAUGGACACAGAGAAGAACCCAGAGACCCUGAAACAGCUCAUUAUUGCCAAGAUAAGUCAGUUGGAGGUUUUGAACAACUGUGAGAUCCUUCCUGCUGAAAGAAGAGGAGCAGAGCUUGAUUAUCGCAAAAUAUUUGGAAAGGACUGGCUAGAAGCUGGUGGGCAUUGGAACCCAGAGAAAAACAAACCAAGUGAAGAAUUUCUUGCUGCCCAUCCCAGAUACCCAACACUUUGUCUUAAAUAUGGAGCACCUGAAGAAGGAGAACUGAAGGGACAACAGCCUUUGACUCUGAAAAAUCAGCUCCUGACUUUGACAAUUAAGUGUCCUGAGAAACCUGAACAGAAGCCAGUGGAGAAAAAACUGCCAGAGUCUAUGACUAUUCAGAAGGUCAAAGGACUGCUGUAUCGCCUGUUUAAAAUUCCUGGUUCAGACCUGAAACUGUCCUACAAAAGUUCUAAAUUGGAAGGAAAAGAAGUUCAACUAGACAAUGACUUAAAGCCUUUGCAGUUUUACUCAAUAGAAAGUGGAGACUGUGUGUUAGUACGGUGGUAAGAGGGGACUCUUGCUGGACUGAAGGAAAAGCUGACACAAGAACUGCAGAAGAGACACACAGAGAGCCUGUGCCUGAACAGACAUACAGGUGAACAUGAGUUUCACACACGUGGCAGCAAAAGGGCUGUACAAUGUACUUUCAGCUCCUCAACUUGAUCAUCAGCCUCCAUGAAAACAUCUGCUCAUUUGCCCUACUGGAGAGAUACCAAAUAGUGCUUAAAUGCUUCAAUUAAAUAAAACUCAAGGUCACCCUUUUGACAAGAUUUUCUACUGCCUUCCCCCAGCAUGGUGAGAAUUUGUUUUACUGAACAGAGUACAGGGUUGAGUUGUGGUCCCUUCGCUGAAAAGACAAGAUCAGUGCUGCACUGAGAGGCCACUUACUCUUUAUUUUCACCUACAUCCAACGACCUUAAAGUGAAGAAAACCCAAUAGUAAUUUUAGAAGGAUCUAGCUUAGAUGAUUAAGGUCAAAAUCGUGCCAGACUUUUCUUCUACCCCACAGUGUUAACAUACCACAUCAUAAAUUAGUUCUCAGCACACUGCAAGGCAUUGCUAUUUAUUUUACAAUCUUUAGCGUGCUGUUCCUCAAUCUUAUUUUACUUUCACUUGUGUAACCUCAGAUUCAUAUCUAGUCAGAGUGAGCUCCCAGAAAUCCCUCCUAAAUCAGGCCAAGUUUGCAGUACUUGAAGAUUUGGUAUAAGCAAACCUUGAUUUUAUUUUUAUCUAAAAUGACAAUGAUAUAAACAAACUAAUCCCAAAUCCUAGCCCCCAUUGCUGUCCCUGUCCCUGCACAGAUGAGGGCAGUCCUUCAGACAGCACAGAACGUGCUGCAGCAAGACUUACCAGCUGCCCUGGUGCUGAGCACAACUCUCACAGGAUCCUGGAACAGCCCUAUACUGAAUCAAAUCAGUGGUGCUUAAAUUUACAAAAGACAGGCUAGCUGACAUUAUUAUGUGCAUUUAUUAAUUACAAGUAGGUCUCUGACUUCAUAUAAAAAGGAUUUUUUUUUAAUCUUGAACAUUUUGGUUUUUGUCUGAUCAACAUCUACACUAUAGAAAAUGAAUAGUAUCAGUCCACUUGUAAUUAUCAAAAGGGAUGUGCAAAUAUUGUUAUACUUUAGUUGAAACCCAGCAUUAAAAGGUACCUUAAUGUUUCUUAUUGUUCCAGGAAUGAAUCCAAAUGUACACUUUUCCACAAUCAUUAUACACUACCCUGUUUUCCAAGGCAAGUCCAUCAUCUUUCCUCACAUCUACAUGGAUCUCCACACAGUUCCUUUAAUCUCCAGAGCUCUCCCAGCUCCUGGGGCGAGUACUGGGGGGAAGACAGCAUGCCACUCUCACAUGUCUUCUCACACAACCAGAGACCAUCCUGUUAAGAGAGAGAAACAUUUUAAUAGUUUUUCUUAGAAAGUAUAUAGUCUCCAACAAUCUUCCCUUCCAAGAAUCAGGUGUUUAUUGUUUCUAGCAGCAAACAUUGCACACAAAGGUCCCAAACUGAUCUGCUAGACCUAUUCAGAGAACUUGGGGGUGGGGGAUGAAGUCUGCAGCUGGUUGUGGCAGUUUUGUAGUUUUUCUUUUAAAUACAUCUUUAAAAGAUUUUUUUUCCCUCUGAAUUCUAAUUCAAUGGUUAUUUCAGUUCCUUUUUAA